AUGCCAGAGAUUGUGUCAGCAGAAGCCAAGGCCUGCCAUCGUCGACGGGUGCCCUCCAGAGAGAGGCGCAAAGCUGCUGGAGCCAGUACCGGUGCAUGUGCUGCAGCGGAAGACAAGAGAGAAGACGGGGCGACACAGACGCCCCGGAGUGGAACACGCUCAGACCGGAGCCCCGAGGAAAGGCUCGGCUGGAGAAGCAGAAGCCCAAGGCCUGGCGCUCUCCUGUGCUCCACGGGCACCCCUGAGGCCCGGGGGAGCGGGAGGCGGGCUCCCCCCUUCGCUCCGAGGGCGGCAGCCCACGCCUACUCUGUCCUCACGGGUCCCCAGGACUGGGACGACGCGCCACCCGCGCACGAGCCCCGCCUCGGGCUCAUCCUGGCCGGCAAGACCGGUGCGGGCAGGAGCGCCACCUGCAGCAGCAUCCUGGGCCACACGCGCCUCCCGUCCAGGCUCGCGGCCACCUUGGUGACCUGGGCCUGCGCCCUGGGGAGCCGCCGCUGCGGCCGCUGGCGCCCGGAGGUCACCGACACCUCGGACCUGUUCGGCGUCGAAGGCGGUCGCGCCGACCCCGACUGCACCGAGCGCGGCCGCUGCCACCUGCUGUCGGUCGGGCCGCACGCGCUGGUGCUGGUCCCCCCGCCGGGCCGCUUCCCGGCCCGGGACGAGCCUGCGGAGCGCGGCGUCCGCCAGCUGUUCGGGGCCCGCGUCCUGGCGCCGGCGGUCGUCGUCGUCACCCGCCGCGAGGACCUGGAGGGGGCGUCGCUGCACAACUAUGUGCGCGACACCGACAACCGCGCGCCGCGGGCCCUGGUGGCCGAGUGCGGCGGCCGCGUGUGCGCCCACAACCGGACGGCGGCCGCGGAGCGCCGGGCGCGGGUGGACGAGCUGCUGGUGCGGGUGGAGCGGCUGGCGCGGGAGUCCCCGGGCGCGCCCUUCACCAACGCCGUGUACCGCCUGGCGGGGACUCGCCACGCGUCCCCCGACGACAGGCUGCGGCAGGGGGCCAAGCGGCUGGCGACCUGCCCCUGGGGGCGGGAGCGGGGGCGGCGCCGGCUGGAGAGGGGGCGGCGCAGGCGGCUGGGACCAAAGGCCUUGCGGGAGGUCAGUCCCCACUUGACAUGGGUCAAGGUCCCAUGA